AUGUUUUACAUCCGAAAAACUUGGCCUGUCUUGAUAAUUCUUCUUGGUGCCCAAUUCAUUGGACUCGGUUUAUUUGCCAAAGGGUUUUUUCCGUACAAAUCAAUUCUACCAGGAUUUGCAAAAGUUGAUGAAUUUCCGCAGUAUCCAAAUGGAGAGGAAGCAUCACCUCCCGAACCAUUAUUUGAUAGACUGGUAUUCAUGCUUGUUGAUGCGUUAAGAAGUGACUUUAUAUUUGGCGAGAACUCCGGCAUGGAAUUCGUGAAAAGUCUUAUAGGAAAUCGUUACGCGAUACCUUAUACGGCAAUUGCUUCGGCUCCAACAGUUACACUGCCAAGGAUAAAAGCACUUACCACUGGGACUGUUCCAAAUUUUUUGGAUGCAGUCCUUAACAUAGCAGAAUCAGACACCUCGUCAUCUCUUGCACGCCAAGAUAAUUGGUUGAUACAGUUGAAGAACUCCAGGAAUAAGACAAUUUCUUUUUUUGGAGAUGACACGUGGAUAAAAUUGUUUCCUGGCGUGUUUAAUAUCACAGACGGAACCACCUCAUUUUUCGCCUCAGAUACAGUUGAAGUUGACUUAAAUGUCACAAGAAAUGUGAUUCCACAAUUGUCAUCUCCAGAAUGGGAUGUUUUGAUAUUUCAUUAUCUUGGCCUAGAUCAUGUUGGUCAUUCAAGUGGGCCACAUAGCCCAUUGAUGUUCCCGAAACAACAAGAAAUGGACGAUGUAGCAAAAACCAUCUUUGAGACUAUAGUCAAGCAGGAUGACAUUCGGAUUAAACAAGAUGAAAAUGCUAAGCCAACCUUAUUUGUAUUGUGCGGAGAUCAUGGAAUGAACGAGGUUGGAAACCAUGGUGGUUCAUCCGUGGGUGAAGUGACAACUGCUUUUGUUUUUAUGAGUUCAAAAUUUCAACAAGUGAAGCAUGUUCGCGAAAAAAUGAACUCAGUUCACGACAUUCAAUCAUUACGAUAUUAUGAAGUUGUUGAUCAAAUAGAUUUGGUACCAACACUAUCACUUUUGUUUGGAAUUCCAAUACCAAAGAAUAACUUGGGUAAGGUUAUGUUGGACGUUUUAGAAGAUAGUGAUCCCCUAGAAAAGCUGCGAAUGUUACAACUGAAUGCUCAUCAAUUAUCUGGUGUGUUACAAACAUUAUGGAAAACCUUUGAUCGUGAUCCUGAUGUCAUCAAUGCACAAGGUAUCAAAGAUUGUGAUUUCGAUAACGGCGAGGAGAAAGAAAGACUUCAGUGCCUGUAUUGGAUUGCAUAUUAUUAUCACAUGAAAGCACUUGGUUUUUUUGAUAUGGAUUUUAUUAAAAAUGCAACGUCUUUUUACGAAAAGUUUAUUUCCGAAUCAAGCUCUCGCCUAUCCUCUAGCUCAAGGGACUAUGAUGUUGAAUCAAUGUUCUGGGGCCUACUUUUUAUGGGAUUUUCGGCCAUUUGCUUUUUAAUGGUCAUAACAAGCCAAAAAAGUAAACAGAUGUUAAAAAGUCAGGGAAGAAAAAGAUUAGAGUUUAUUACAUUGUCAAGCAUAUUGGGAUUUUGUGCAACCUUGUUUGCAAGUAGUUAUGUAGAAGAAGAACAUCAGUUUUGGUACUUUUGGAUUCAGACAUUGUGGGUUGGACUCUUUAUAAAUAGUUUUGAUUUACAUAAUUAUAUAACUGACCUAAGACUAGCAUUAACAUUGAUUGGUCAGAUGUUACUCGUUCGUCUAAUUCGCAGUUGGAAUCAGACAGGGCAAAAGUAUGCAGGAGAGACGGAUCUAAGAUUUUAUCUAAACACCUCUUAUUUUUACACAAUGUGGAUGCUAUUUUUUGGAACCGUUUUAUUGCUGACCACGAAAACCUUACUUGAGAUACGCUUUUACAUGGAAGCAAAAUACCUCAAGCGAAGAAAAUUAUACAAAAAUUCCCAACUAAUAGUCCAACUAUUGGUUGUAAUCGUCGCCAUCAUGAUAACUAAGUAUAAGUUGGAAAUUGGUGGUGGUAAAGAAUUGUUUCCAAAGAUAUUUGAAAUUAUUGAAAUAAUUGCCCCGGUGUCUACUCCGGUGACCCUUGCCAGGGUCAUAUACGCUAUUCUAGCGUUUUUGGCGCUCUGGAUUAUUAUCUCGUCGCCAUUUAAAAGAAUUAAUCAAACUGCUCAAGUGUCCCAGAUAACAAUUUCGACUCUAUUGUUAUGCAUCGCAACUUAUCUCUUCAUAUUGUUAUCACGACCGCAUAACGCCCCUUUAUACAUAUUGUAUUACAUUCAAUAUUCGUUGUUAAUAAGAUGGAUCCGACUUAAUAUGAAAUAUGGAAUACAAAUAUCACCAUUGACCUUCAAUUAUAUUCUACUGUGCUUAAAAUUUAUGUCAUUCUUUUCCUUGGGAAAUUCAAAUUCUAUAGCAUCGAUCGAUAUAAGUAAUGCAUAUAUAGGAGUUGAUAGGUAUAGUGUAGCUAUAGUUGGAACAUUGACAUUUUUUGCAAAUUGGGCGGGAAGUAUUUGGUGGGUUCUUGCAGGAAACUUGAUAAGAUGUGAGAUAAAUGUUUAUUUUAAAACAUUGAGAUCAUUGGAUAUUUAUAAUGGUGACAGCGGUAGUGGAAGUAGUGGUCCUGUCGAUGAUAUUGGUUCAGAUGAUUUCGAUUCGGAAAUUUUCGCCAAAGACGAUCCCGAGAACGAUGACCUUUUCUUUACACCAAAAGAAGACAGUGAUAGUGAUGAUGAUUAUUCGGCACCUCUGUUUGUUACGUCGACACCCAAUUCGCUAAGUGAAUUCCUCGCUAAUCAAGUCGCCAAAAACAUAAACGACGAGGAGGUGGCGGAAAAAAGACAGAUAAAAAGUCUGGUGACAUUUUUAAAUUCUACAUAUUAUACAACGACAUUUCAUUCACUAGUCACAUUUGUGUUAUCGAUAGGGGUCACAAUAUUAAAAGAUCAUUUAUUCAUUUGGACAGUAUUUUCGCCCAAAUAUUUGUAUCAAAUUGUAUGGUGCACUUUGUUUCAACUUUUAACUGAGAUCGUGGGUGGCGGGUUAAUAUGUUGGAUUUGUGGGAAUGUUUUUGUCGAUACUGGGGACGAAGUUUUUUCACCUGGCUUUUGA